AGGAAUCAAGUUGGUCAACCGAAGAUGGUCCCUCCCGUGGACGUAAUUAAAACUGCUACGUCAAAAGAGGAAUGCGCAGCUAUCGUGGAGGCUCUUUCACGCUGAUCUGCGGAAAUGGUUGAAUUUUGGAUCAAGAAGAAAGGCCUCUACCAUGAGGAUCCAAAGUCAAACAACGUUUUUGUUACCCCGAACUUGGACCGGCUGACGCUCAUUGACUAUGGUCGCUCGAGACGGGUUACUGGAUUGACUCAGAAGAUGAUAUCCGACAUCACACACCAGUCGUUGAGAGGAUUCACCUCUUUGCUGGAUCAAUGCAACGAGAAGCCGUCGAAAGGACGAGUUAGGAACUUUCCGCCUCUGAUCAAACCUUCCGGGGUAUCUGUCAUAAGUGACAAAGAGAAGGCAGCAGCGGCAGCAGAGCAGGACAAGCGUCUUGAGGCACAGAUUCAAGGACAACCUGCUGGUGGUGGUGAAACCAGUGAGCAAGGAGCUGAGCGAAACGCUUAAUUGGGCAUUACCGUGACGAUUAUGGUAUUGAUUGAAUAUAACAAUCAUGCACCUGCUGUUUGGAGAAGAUA